GGACUGUCAAAAAAGACCGCAUCACAAGUUGAAAGGAAAAAGAAGAGUAAAAAAAGAGUAGAAAAGUAAAAAGGAAAUUCAUGGCACACGAGAUGCGCCCCUUGUUUGGCAUUCCACAAACUGCUAGUUCCAACACUUCCACUUCUAAUACCGAUCCAACCGAUCGAAGAAUUAACGCUCUCGUUAGGCAUCUGGUUGAACCAUCUUCAUCCGCCAUGGCUGAUUCUAUCUCUGCUUCUCCUACUUCCUCCUUGAAUACUGAUUCCGUUUUCGCUCAUGUUGUUCGUGCUCCUGAAGAUCCUAUUCUCGGGGUGACUGUUGCAUACAACAAAGAUCCGAGUCCGAACAAGUUGAAUUUGGGCGUUGGUGCUUAUAGGACAGAGGAAGGAAAACCUCUUGUAUUGAACGUUGUCAGAAAAGCAGAGCAUCAGCUUGUUAAUGAUAGUUCACGAGUUAAGGAGUAUCUUCCGAUUGUGGGAUUGGCGGAGUUUAAUAAACAGAGUGCGAAGCUUAUUUUUGGCGCUGACAGCCCUGCCAUCCUUGAGAAUCGUGUCACAACUGUUCAAUGCUUGUCCGGUACUGGAUCAUUGAGGGUUGGUAGUGAGUUUUUGGCAAGACAUUAUCAUGAGCGGCUUAUAUACAUUCCCCUGCCAACAUGGGGGAACCACCCCAAAGUUUUUAAUCUGGCUGGUCUAUCUGUAAAAACUUACAGAUAUUAUGAUCCCUCAACACGGGGGUUGGAUUUUCAAGGCCUCUUGGAAGAUCUUGGUUCUGCCCCAUCUGGAGCUAUAGUUUUGCUUCAUGCAUGUGCGCACAACCCAACUGGUGUCGAUCCAACCCUUGAACAAUGGGAUCAGAUCAGGAAGUUGAUGAGAUCAAAACAGCUUUUACCUUUCUUUGACAGUGCUUAUCAGGGUUUUGCCAGUGGAAGUUUGGAUAAGGAUGCACAGCCUGUGCGCUUAUUUGUUGCUGAUGGAGGUGAAUGUUUUGUAGCCCAGAGUUACGCAAAGAAUUUGGGGCUAUAUGGCGAACGUGUUGGCGCUUUAAGCAUUGUCUGCAAGAAUGCUGAUGUUGCAAGCAGGGUAGAGAGCCAGCUAAAACUAGUGAUAAGGCCCAUGUACUCGAGCCCACCCAUCCACGGAGCAUCUAUUGUCGCUACAGUCCUGAAGGACAGGGAUUUGUUCAAUGAAUGGACUGUUGAGUUGAAGGCCAUGGCAGACCGUAUUAUUAGCAUGCGCCAGCAACUUUUUGAUGCCCUGCGCGCUAGAGGUACACCUGGUGAUUGGAGUCACAUCAUCAAACAGAUUGGGAUGUUUACAUUCACAGGAUUGAACUCGGAACAAGUUAGCUUCAUGACCAAAGAAUAUCAUAUUUACAUGACCUCUGAUGGGAGAAUCAGCAUGGCAGGUUUGAGCUCAAGGACCGUACCUCACCUUGCGGACGCAAUCCAUGCAGCCGUGACUCGUGUCCUCUAAUUUUUGUUCCCCCACUUCUAUAGUCUUGCUUUAGUUCUCUUACCAUAUUAUUAAAUAAUCAUUGUUGCUCACCAUACUGGAAGCAAUUUGUUGUCAUCUUGUUGGCAAAAACUUGUCUCUUUUAACAUUUCAUUUGAAGAAAUUAUCGGUGCUCAUUUGCCCUUUGAGAAAAAGGCUCUUUGAUUUUUCAUUUA